AGAUGUGCAAUCAUUUUGCAAGACACUUUCAACGAGAGCACCUUGAAGAAAACUAAACUCAGAGAAAAUUUAUUUGGUAAGGUUGUGCUGACAAAUGUAAACUAACUGGUGCAUGCAGUAUACUGUUUGAUUUGUCAUUUCCUCAGAAAACAUAAGAACUAUAUAUAUAAAUGUACUGUAUAUAUAGGGGUAAUUAAUCUAUGAACCAGUAAAGCCAUCUUAAAAUCUAAAUUGGAUAAUAAGAGUUUUUCAGGACUCAAAUGACUCGGCUGACAAAUCUGAGCGUGUUGGAUUGUCUCGAAAAUAAUUUGCCAAGACACUUUGAAUCGUGGUUGCAAGGCUUUUUUUAUUAAGGAAAUAUAACUUCUCCGACAUCAGAAGGCCGGCAAGGAUGAUGAAGCAAUUUUGAUGUCACCGCGUAGGUUUUAAACUUGAGUUAAAAAUCGUGCACCUGGGCUUGUAUUCUAUCACUGCGCAGGACCAGUAAACUUAUCGAGCGACAUAUGAAGUGGUAGCGGGUGUUCAACCAUUUUCUCAGCCAAAAUUUUGUCUGAAUGCCAGUCACCCGACCCAUGAUUACUGCCAAAUUCCAUUCUCAACAGGAAACUUUCUGUGUUGCUGCAUGGUACAAAUGGCACAAAUCCCAUUCUUAUAGUGAUCCAAAUUCUAUUUUUCCGGUGAGAAUAUAGGCUACACCCAUUUUAUUGACUCCUUCAUGCACGAGCUUCAUUACUAAUACGUAUAUACAACGGAGCUGCCUUCUUAAUUAUUAUUAAGUGUAAUAAAUGUUUUCUUCGCUCAAACUAUCCCUUUAAUGGUGAAAAAAAUAUGUUUGAUCUAUAUAUGUGUGUUUACUAAACAUGACCAUUUUUAAAAAAAAUGUUGAGCAUGCACUUCGGCUCCGCGCAUCCUAGUGCUUUAAAUGUCCGAUUAUAUACAUCAAGUAUUACAAUUGCUUAUAUUACAUACUCUGCCUAGACAAUUUAUCUUUACAACAUUGUGACGUACAUUACUUUCCUAGCUAUGUUUAUCCAAAUCAACCCUGCAAGUCCCACGAUUUUCGGCGGUACAGCGUUGACCCUUUUCACGAAAUACAGCCAAGUCAAUAGUCAUAAUAUAGUUUUUGAAAUAUAGUUUUUGAAAGAACGAGGCAUUGACAUAAUGACGUAAUCAUACUAAAGUGUAAAUAUAUUUCUUAGUGGCUACGCGGCUACGCAGUGAGUUUUUAAAAGAACGAGACAUUGAUAUAAGGACGUAAUUGUAAGGAAGGUAUAAAUUUUAGUGGCUACGUGGCUACGCGGCUACGCAGUGAGUUUUUAAAAGAACGAGACAUUGAUAUAAUGACGUAAUUGUAAGGAAGGUAUAAAUUUUAGUGGCUACGCGGCUACGCAGUGAGUUUUUAAAAGAACGAGACAUUGAUAUAAGGACGUAAUUGUAAGGAAGGUAUAUUUUUUUAAUGGCUACGCUGCUACGCAGUGAGUUUUUAAAAGAACGAGACAUUGAUAUAAUGACGUAAUUCUAAGGAAGGUAUGUUUUUUAGUGGCUACCCGGCUACGCAGUGAGUUUUUAAAAGAACGAGACAUUGAUAUAAUGACGUAAUUCUAAGGAAGGUAUGUUUUUUUGUGGUUACGCGGCUACGCAGUGAGUUUUUAAUUAAAAGAACGAGACAUUGAUAUAAUGACGUAAUUGUAAGGAAGGUAUAUUUUUUAGUGGCUAUAUAUAUACGUGGCUACGCGACUACGCAGUGAGUUUUUAAAAGAACGAGACAUUGAUAUAAUGACGUAAUUGUAAGGAAGGUAUAAAUUUUAGUGGCUACGUGGCUACGCCGCUACGCAGUGAGUUUUUAAAAACACGAGACAUUGAUAUAAUGACGUAAUUGUAAGGAAGGUACAUUUUUUUAGUGGCUACGCAGCUACGCAGUGAGUUUUUAAAAGAACGAGACAUUGAUAUAAUGAAAAUAAAAGAACGAGACAUUGAUAUAAUAAAACACUUAAUGCCUGUUCCCACGGCAAAAUUGUUAAUUUUGCUUUCCCGAGAAUCUUAACGUAACAUUGAGAUUCUCGGGAAAACAAAACUAACUAUUUCCCUCGGGAGCAGACAUUAAGUGUAUAUUAUACCCUAGAUUAUACUAUUAUAGUUAUUAUUACCUGCCUCAUUUCGCUACGUACUCAUAUGGCCAUGCUUAACAUAUGAAUUAUAAUAUAGAUCAAACAUAUUUUUCACAACUAAAUUAUGCAUUUGAGUGCUAUAAUAGUAUAAUCUAGGGUAUAAUAAUAAUCAAACUAUCACACUGUUUGCUGUUGUGGAUCAUAUUGAGAAUAAAUUUAUCGCCAUAAAUCUCUAACUGUUCUAACACCAGCAGGUUACAAAGCCGCUGGAGAUAUUCAAAUUGAUGAUAACGAUAUAUAAGUGGUUAUAUACAACCACAGUUAAUAGGUCAUUAACUUGUGAUACAACUUAUUUCGCAAAAAUGUUUUAAAUUUUGCUACGUUGAGUUUGAAUUACUGAAUACUGAGUAUAAAUGCUUGAGUAUGCUUAAUUAGUAUACAGCUAUUUCAAUUAAGGCUCAGUUUUGAAGUUUGUGCUAAUAUAAAUAUAAUGACCCCAGUUCAGGAUUUUAUACCUAUCAGACACAGUACUAACGGGGCCUGUUCAUAUGGGCAAAAGUUAUCCCGGUUAACGAGAGAACUUUUCGACUAGCCAAAUACUUUUGUUCUGUUCAUAUGGAGAAAUAUUAUCCCACUUACCGGGAAAAGUUUCCGGCUGUGACGUAGCACUGAACAUCAAUUGAAUUGAAAAGUUACUGACACGACAAAAAGUUAUCCCGCUAAGCGGGAAAGUUGUGUUCAUAUGAGGAAAACAUUAUCCCGGUCACCGAGAUCUCGCCUGUCAACAAGCGAGAUCUCGGUACACGGGAAAACUUUUCGUCUCAUAUGAACGCAAUGUAACUUUUCAUAUUAUUUUCGUAACAAGGCGAGAUCUCGCUCGUAAACUUGUCGAAACGUUUUCUCGCUAACCGGGAUAACCGUCUGCCCAUAUGAGCAGGCCCUAAUGCGCCCUAUACAAAUAAAACUUCCGGCUUUUCCGCCGGCUAGGAUUAAACUGCGCUUUAAAACGAUCAAAAUAAAAUAUUUUGGGGCUUUUGGGCUCAAAAUACUAUCAAAAUGAAGAGAGAAGUGAGACAAAUCCACUGGUAUACGGCCGGAAAAGAGAAAACAAACGAUACCAAAGUUAUCAAGGAUCAAACGUGCUGCAUUUUUUAUAAUUAGUUGAAUAAUUUUGAGCGAUUCUUUCCCAAUACAAUUCGCUUGGAUUUCAAAGAUAAAGGCCACAAAUCGCUAGAAUACUGUUGUUUAGUCAUACAUUUGACACCCGUAAGCAGUGGCGUGCUGGGUACUAAUUUUCUGGGGGGGGCAGUGGGCUUUUAACUAAUAUGCGCCCCUAUAUUGUAACGCUUGAUAAACGAGUGUCGAAGGCACGAGCCGAGCGCCGCAGGUGCGAGGUUUCUCUAGGGGGGUCCGGGGGCAUGCCCCCUCGGAAAAUUUUUGAAUUUAGGGUCUCUGAAAUGCCAUUUCCUGGACUUUGGGGGGAAGGUUUGACAGAAAUCUGAUGGUCAGGAAACAGCAUUAUAACGUGUUGAAAUUUGCAAUUUGGUUAGAAUUUAGUAGUAGUAUUUAAAUUGGGCAAUGCUAACUUAGUUCCAGCGAUUAAUCUAAUCCCAAUUCUAUUCUCUACUGAUCUCGUGAUCUGAAUACAUUUACAACAUACAGCUCGUUUAUACAAUAACACACGGACCCCACGCAUAUGCACUUUAAGGUUACCUUGCUUGACUGCCAAAAGGGCGCGUUUCAGCAUUAUCUUAUCACUUACAUUACUCAUGAGUGAUGAUGUUUCUUGCACAAACAACUAAAUUGCGUACACAACUUACAUUAUCAUAACUAUCUAAUUUGCGCCGCUCUCGUGAUUCGUGAAGCAUAAUACCUUCAUAAUAUAAGGGCAUAAUACCAGCAAAAAAGGGCAUAAUUCCCGUGAUCGCUUCGAAACCUGACCAAUAUUCCGGUAAUGAGACAUUGUGUGUGAUCACCGAUCAUUUUUCUAUAUCAACGAUUUUGUGUGAGCUGUGAAGUAGCAAAUUAGCCAAUACGGUUAGACCAAAUAGUCUGUAAUUUAAUAUAUCUCUUUGUCGUCUAUGCGCUUAGUCCCGAUCUGUUUAAAAGCCUAUAUAAAUAUAUACUUCUUGACGGAAGUAACUAUAUUUUUUCAAAUGCGUUUUUUCCCACCCACUUUCAAAAUUCCGCACGGGACGGCGCCCCUUUUUAAUUUUUGCGCCCCCCAAGAAUUGCCAGCUGGGGGGGCCGUGGCCCCCCGGCCCCCCCUGCCAGCACGCCACUGCCCGUAAGUACAAUUUCUUACGCUGAAUCGAACGGUGGUAUUUUUCUCCUUAUUGCGCGAUUUUGCGCCAUUAGGCAUUACAACUUAGUACAAGGUCAAGGACAAACGUACUGCGAGUGAUUUGUCAACAAUACGUACUGCGAGAGAUUUGUCAACAAUACAAUUUCGCGGGUGUUUGUAUUCCGAGUAAUGAGUAAUGAGUAAUGAGUAAUGAAUUUUCGUACUUGCUUUGGAAAGAUAAACCAUGAAAACAUUGACAGUGAUCCCACUCGCUCCUUGCCGUGAAUAAUUUCAAUGCUGUGAAAGUGUCAGCAGUUUAAACUGCAUGGAUGAUCAAAUAUGGCCAUAUAAAAGUUCGCUUAUAGCAUAUUCGUUUUUAGUACGUCACAUAUUAACCAGUUUAGCCUUCAAAACGUUUCUCUCCAAGUUGAAUAACAUAUUCGCAAUAGUAGAAUACAAGUAAACACUAAUAUAGCGGUCAACAAAAUCGAUUUAAAGAGUAAUAUCUUGGUUUUAUAAACUGAAAACUUAGUUAUCGACAUUUCACACUGGAAAAACGUGAAUUUAGCCGAACAAAAUGGUAUGGAGCAUGACCGCAGAUAGCAAAACAAAUAUGGCGGCCGAAGAUUUAUCAUAAAACCAACCUUUAUACGACAGCGCAGCUUGUAUUCUGCAGUAUACUACUAUUGCGAACAAGCUGUUCAACUUGGGGACGAUCGUUUUAAAGGCUGAACUGGUUAAUAUGUGACAUGCUAAAAACGAGUAUGCUAUAUAAGCGAAAUUUAUAUGGCCAUAUUUGAUCAUACCAGUUUAAACUUCUGACAUCGUCACAGCAUUAUAAUUAUUCACGGCAAAGAGUGUGUGGAAUCACUGUCAAUGUUUUCAUGGUUUAUCUUUCCAAUUCAAAGUAGGAAAAUUCAUUACUCAUUACUCAUUACUCAUUACUCGGAAUACAAACACCCCAAUUUCGCUUGAUUUUGAAAAGCCAUAAAUCGCUGAGAAUACUGUUGUUUAGUAUAUACAUUUGACAUCCGUAAGUACAAUUUCUUACGCUGAAUCGAACGUUGGUAUUUUUAUCCUUAUUGCGCCAUUAGGCAUUACGAAUACAAUAUAUUUCACACUACAGUUUUCACGUUUCCACAGCUAUUAAAUUAACUAGCACUAAUAACUAUUUGAUAUAGGGACUGUUGUUGGAUACAUUUUAUAUUGAUAUAUGACACCAAUCUGCUUCUCAUAAAGUAGUUAUCUAUUAAAAUUACGUUGUGUAGUUGCUGUAAGUUAUAACCUUUUAUCUUGAAAUUGUCUUUGCCUUUGGCUCGUUUAUAUUCAGAUUCAGUAUAUUAUGAUCGUGCACGGGAAUUCGACGAUCCAAAUUUCGGAUUUUCAGAGUCGUCCACCAAGAAAAAUGCAUUAACUAAACUAGCAAGAAUGUCUAGAGUUAGACACAACGCAAAAUCCAUACAAAACAGGUACAAUUCGUUGAAAAUUUUAACGAAAUUGUUUGAAAUAUUUUGCCCACUCCCUGAAAGGCUGCCAUUUUGAUAUUAGGCAGCUCAUUAAUAUUCUAUUUUGUGGCUAUUGAAGAAAAUUGGAGAUUGGACUCAGUGAUUGGAGAUUGCCGAUCCACCACAAAUGCGUGCCGAAACCCUCUGGCCAAAACCUAUACUCACGCGGGAACAGGUGCCCCAGCGAGUAAACAGCUGUGUGCUAUAGUCGUAAAACGACAAUGCCGUGCUUAUAAGCGGUCAAAUAAAUUAACUAUAUAAGCAUUAAUUUAAAUGUAUUUUAUUGGCACAAUAAAAGGAAAUUAUUAUAUGGCAAGCAUCACUUCCGGUGAAUUGGCGGACUGUGAUUGGCUGAGAAGCACUUUCGGCGGUCCAUUAUUUUCCGGAAAAUAAUGAAAAUUUGAAAAUUAUGAUUUAAUUUGUUAUUAUAAGAUAUCUGCGAAGCGGAAUAGAAGGAAUACAUUGGUAUUUUUUGUUUUCUUCGAUCAAAUGUGUAUCACACUACCAAUAUGCAUUUCAAAUCAUGCAUUUCUUGUUUGUUUCAAGUAUAAAUGCAUAUAAAUGCCUAUAAAUGCAAUAUAAUAAACUUUCUAUUAACCUCAAUCGCUCGGUCUUUACAAAGGGUCCGAUAUUAUAUUUCUCUGUAAAGACCUCGCGGUCGGUUAAAUUAAUAAAAAGUUAGUAACCGUGAAUUAAGAUACGCCCGCACUGUUACACACAACACGUUGUAGUAUAUGAAUAUAUAAUGUGAAUAUACAAUAAAGAGCUGGCAACGAGGCAUUCGCGUUCGGCUGCUUCGAGCGUCCCACCCAUGCUUCCCUACCAUUUAUCGUCGGUUUUGCUUUUGUCGCUGCUUGUUCCGCUUCAUGUUCUGUCCACCUGGAUUCCACACCCAGGUCCAGUUUCGAGGUGUUUUCCCGAUGCAAAUCAUUCUCUUGUUUCUCUUGGGACCAUCCCCUCUCUGCUUCGCUUAUUUAGUGUAAGUUAUCCCCGUUUUCAGACGGGUGAUAAGUCUCGAUUGGGGAUGGAGGAAGUAACAUUAAGUACAUUAAUUGGUUGGCUGUAAGGAAUCCUUAUGCUGCAUGGUGCUUGAUUAUAGGUAUAUCAAACUUUCGUUGGAGGAUGCAACUACCAGAAAGUAUAAGGAGAAUUUCGACGUUUCGAGCGAAGGCCCUACAGUUCUUGAUUAGUUAUGUUCAUCUUAAUCAGGAACCGAUUCAAUAAUAAAUGUAAUUACAACCCGCACGCAUGAAAUCACAGCGGGAACUACGCUUUAAAAGCGCAGUUCCCGUUGCGAUUUUCGACUACCUAUAGCUGCAAGACACCUUCAUCCGUCACCAAUCAACUACAUCUCAGAUUUUUUAUUAAAGGGAAAUGGCAAUAUAAAUUUAUAUUUUGGAAGUACUUUUGAAACUAUAUAUCAACUUCUUUUCCCGAUUUUUAAAAUCUUGCUUAUACUUCUUGAAAUAUUUUCACUUGAAAUAAUGACAUGUCCGCCAUCUUGGAUAUUUUUUUUAUCUCAUUAACGGUAGUUUUGGUGACGUCACAACAAGGAUUAACCAUAUAAAAGUAUUCGUUGCUGACCAAAAUAAAUAUUGAUUGGUAGAUGUUUGAAAGGUUUUGAAUGAUAUUGAUAUUUCGAAGGGCAGACAGGGUAUAGUUUUGAGCCAAAAUGAUUAGUGGUUCUCUAGAUAAAAAUAUUGCGUGACCCCUGAUCCAGAUCUACAAAAAUUGAAGAUGGCGGACAUUUCAUUCCUUUCGAUCAAAAUAUUUCUAGAAGUAAACAGGAUAUGAAAAAGCGGUUAAAGAAUAUUAUAUAUACAGUCUUCAAAAUUACCAAUGUUUCUCUAAACAACUUUUUUGCAUAACAUAUUGACAAUUUGAGCGCGUUUUUUCUUAAAUUUGAGUAUUUUGAAUGCAAUUAGGAAGGCGUACAAUAAUAUUUAUCAUUUAUAGACCAGGAGCGAGGGGGUCUUUCGGGGCAAAGCCUCUCGGAAAAUAUAUCAUGCAUCCUGACUGAGGGAAAUAACGCCGAAUCCCCCAAGCGGAAGGUCUAUAUAUUAUACCGAGAGUCUAAAUCCCCGUUUACAGUACGCUCAAUUUUUGGUACGGCACGGAUAAAAUUGGUAUCCGUGCCACUUAGGUAGUCCAAGAACCAAAAAAGUGGUACGGUACAAAAAUCGAGCGUAGUGUAAACGGGACUUAUUUUUUACUAGGUUUUUAAAACCAAAAAAAGUGGUACGGGUACCUAUUUUAUCCGUGCCGUACCAAAAAUUAAGCGUAGUCUAAACGGGGCUUAAGUUCGGAAUAAACUUUACUGUCGAUGCAAUGGAAGUGUUGAUAAAAUAUUGCUCCAAAUCCUUUCCUCAAGUUGAUCAAUUCAUUUGAUAGAAAAUUGAUCAACUUCCUGUUACUUUUAGAUGAGCCACUAGAUUUCGUUUCAGAACCGAUUGACCAAUAGGAAGCGCACAGGAACUAAAAAGAACUUUGAAUUUGUAUGAAUUGAUCAACUUGAGGAAAUGAAUUCAUGCAACACUUCAUUGCAUCGACAGUAAAACUUUCUGAAUACUAUAAACUACGCGAAUACAAUUCUUAAUUUGUUAUGUAUACCUGAUCUUUGACGUUUCCUCUUUAAAAUAUUUGAGCACGUAUCCUUUGGAUCAUUAAAGGUAACAUACAUCUUGAAAAUCUUUGGUUAAAUCAAAUCUUCUGUACGAAAUUACAAACAACAGCUCGCGAACGCCAUAUUGUUUCAGAGCGUGGUGUCCACGCGUCACGCGUGAGAGUGGGAUACUAUAAUAUCCCACGGUGGAUCUGCCGUGGGAUAUUAUAGUAUCUCACGCUGCCUUGCGAAAUCAUGAAUUUGAGUGAAAUACCGCAAAAAAUCAGAUUAUCACGUAGUACAAAUACAAGUUUUUUCAUUGGACAAUUUGAAUUUGAGGUAUAAUAUAAAUGUACAGAACACUAUGGUAUAUUACGGAUAUAUAGACUGGUGACACAAUUUGCUGGUGACACUGUUUGUAUCAAUUAAGUUGUUUUCUUAUUUAUAUUCUGCAAGGAUGAAUCCGAAAUGUUGAUCUGGUAGUCCGUGUGUUGUGAACCAACAUUGUUGAUCACUUUCAUUAAGCAUGUCUUAGAUCUGAAAUAUUACACUUUCAAGCACGCUGAGUUCAAAUCCGAAAAGCUCCCACUCCGUUGACCCGCAGUUUUCUCACAAAAUGCGAUUUUAUCUUCAAUAAUUAAUUUCACGACAUACUUUUCGUUGGUCCGAUCGGACAGAUGACGAUACACGUGCGAUUAUGUCAGUAAUCGACGCUAAUAAAGUGUACAAUGAACUCCGCAAAAUUAAAACCAAUAAAAGCCCUGGUCCAGAUAUGAUACCUAACAAAAUUUUGAAAGUCUUUGCAUAUGAACUUGCUCCAGUUAUUACGGACAUUUACAAUUCGUGUAUCAUUCAGGGCGUGUUUCCGAUGAACCUCAAACGGUCUAUUGUAGUUCCAAUCCCUAAAGUCUCACUACCUCAAAGCGUGGAGGACGAUCUAAGACCCAUAUCAUUAACGUCCCAAAUUUCUAAGGUCAUGGAGGGGUUCACCUUGACAAAAUUAUUUGCCCAAAUUGAGAGUAAAUUGGACACGAAGCAGUUUGCGUUACCAAGGAAAUCUACGACUCACCCCCUAACAUACCUCCUGCACACCAUUUUGUCUUCCCUUGAGAACACUUCCUGCUCCGCUAGAUUGUUUUUUGCCGACUUUAAAAAGGGGUUCGAUCUUGUUGAUCAUAAUGUCAUAAUAUGCGAACUGGAAAAUCUUGGUGUACAUCCUGCCAUAGUGAGGUGGAUAAAAGCUUUUCUUAGCAACCGUGAACAGUGUGUGCAAAUUGAAAACUCAUACUCGUCGUGGAAGAAAACAAACGGUGCAUGGUCUACCACAAGGAACAAAAAUUGGACCGCUACUUUUUGGAGUCCUUGUAAAUUCUUUGCUCAAGGAUUGGCCUGGGAGAGUCAAAUUUGUCGACGAUACUACGGUCUUGGAAAUAAUUCCACGAUGUUCACCCAGCUUCCUACCAAUUAUCGUGGACCAAAUAUCCGAUUAUGCAAACGAACGAGGAAUGAGACUAAAUCCAAAGAAAUGCAAAGAUAUGGUUAUUACGUUUCUUAAGUAUAAACUGGUAGAAAAUUACAUUUUUAUAGGCGGCGAUGUGGUGGAGAGAGUCUCCAGUUUUAAACUACUAGGCGUGUGGUUGACUAACAAUCUUUCGUGGGAUAUACACGUAGAUAAAAUUUUAAAGAAAGCGAAUUCACGCAUCUAUGCUUUACGCCUAUUAAAGAAAGCUGGAUUGAGCCCUUUAAACAUUGUUCAUAUUUAUUGUGCAGUUAUAAGAUCCCAGUUGGAGUAUGCAUCACCAGUUUGGUCCGCUCUUCCAAAGACAUUAUCAGACCUUAUUGAGUCGGUGCAAAAAAGAGCUUUAAAAAUCGCGUAUCCCGAUCUAUCUUAUGAUGAAGCAUUACACACAAAAGUAACAUUAAACUACUGAGUACAAGAAGAGAAGAAGCAUGUAGGAAAUUAAUUAACUCAUUUCGAGACCAAGAUUCGCCACACAACCCUUUAACUGCAAUAGUUAAAUCCGGUCUACCAGACCGAACUCAUAAUUAUGAUCUGCGUAAUAAUAAUCCGCAACUCUUACCGAUUAUGUCUAAACGGUUAAAGAACAUUUUUACCAUUAAAUAUAGUUAACAUUUUAUUAAUACAUUUUUAUAAUAGGUAGUUAAUAAUAAGUAUAUAACAUUGUUAACGUAAAUUUUAAUGUUUAAUAUUGUAAAUAUCCUUUCCAUGCAAUUCAGCUUUAGCUGCAAAAUGGAUUUUAUUAAACUAAUAAUAAUAAUAUUAAGUAUGUCACUCAAAAGGACCAGUUUCAAUUAACCAAUCUUCCUUUUACCAAAAGACCGGUUUUAAUUUGCUCGAAUCAUUUUGAGUUAAGCAAUCUAAUGCGUGCUGGACGUAAACAACAUAUCUUGUCUACAGCUUUGAGAAAGUACAGAUAACGCUUUCUAAUAAUUAUCCUCAGUGCUGGAGAUAUCUCUAUAAAUGAUCACAAGGACAUUAAUGCGCUUUGAGAUCAAUCUUAAAUAACCUUAUAGGGGCCGAUUACAUGGAGCAUUUUCAACCCCGGGGUUGAACUCAGCCCUGUUAAUCGGGUUGAAAUUUUUUGCGAUUACAUGGACGAUUUCAACCCCGGGGUUGAAACGUUAUACUAUACGUUCUCGGCAUCGAUUCGCGGAAGUAAACUGAGCCUUUAUUUUGUUUUCUUGUAAUAAAUAGUCACCUCUACGCAAGCUCGAAUAACUCAUGAUAAUUUCAGCCCUGGGUUGAAACGAUUACAUGACAAAAUUUUCAACCCAGGGUUGAGUUCAACCCCGGGGUUGAAAAUUUUGUCAUGUAAUCGCGCGUUUGAUUUUGAUAGAGUUUUGUAUUACAGACAGGGCUGAAAUUUCAACCCGGUAAACAGGGCUGAGUUCAACCCCGGGGUUGAAAAUGCUCCAGGUAAUCGGCCCCUUAAACUAUAUAAGAAUAAAUGUUUACAUCAAAGUCAAAGACAAAGAUCAGUCCCAAAGUAUAAAAUAUGCUCUGUAAACUUACGACGAAGUGGAGAAAUGCGGGCUGCAUGAGCUGUUUAUUUGGUGAUUUCAACGUAUAUGCAUGGAAGCCCUAUUUCAAUCGCACAGUAUAACACUAACUGAUGUAAUAGUUCAAAUGCAAUGAUAAGUUAUCUCUUGUAUUACAUCUCAAAAACUGUGUUGGAAAUGUAUAUAACAUUUUGAUCGCAUGUAAGAAAUUAUUUUUCAGCCAAGAGACAUAGCUCAAAGACUUAACAUCAACGUUCUUGUAAUUUAAUUUAAUUUAUAGAGAUAAUCCAGAACUAAGAAUAUUUGAAGAAAUUAUCUGUACCUUCUCAAAGUUGUAGACAAGAUAUGUUGUUUACGUCCAACACGCAUAAGAUUGCAUAACUCAAAAUGAUUCGAGCAAAACCGGUAUUUGUUAAAAGGAAGAAUGGUUAAUAGCAGGUUCUGAAAAAACUGCGGGUCGACUGAGUGGCAACUUUUCGGAUUUGCAUGAACUCGAUCAGCGUGUUCGAAAGUGGUAGUUCCCGUAAAAAUAUUUCAGAUCUAAGACAUGAUUGCUUAAUUAAAAUCGUUUUCUAAGCACUUUUCGAGGUCACAACACAAGGAUUAAGGCUUCCGAAAAAACUAUCGAAUUUUUCCAUGAUGUUUUACAGAGAAACGUCACAGCUGCAACCCAAACGAUCUUAUGACGUUUCUCGUGGACAAAAUCGAUAUGUGAGGCGGCCCGGCUUAUAUAAACACGACAAAUAAAUAAUUGUAUUAAUCGUUCUUCAUUUUUCAUAAACAUGUUACGUCUAUUUUUGUGCUUUAUUUUCUCCAGCAAAUUCACCGUAGCAGAAAAAGGUUCACCGACUAUGUCUUUUAUCAGUUUUGUGUUGUUUGGCUUCGUGUUGGUUCUCACAGAGCAUUUUAUUGCCUGUAACGUUGUUCCUAAAACAGGGUCGGAUGAAGUAGAGAAGAGAACUGUUAACGUUGGUAUCCCGGUAAGUUGGUCUUACUUAAAGUCUAGAUCUGGGACUAGAACUGCUCAGUGCCGGCAUGUGAGAUGUUCUAAGAGUGGCUUAUACAUAAGCGUAACGGAAGGGAAACAUGGGGGAGGGGGGUGUGGUUACCCGACUUUUUCCCAUUGUGGCAGACUUGUCAAAAACAUUUUCCGUACAAACUUCAGUUCCACAAUUCACAGGGUUCGUAGUCUCCAAGACCAAAAAAUUCAAAGACUUUCAAAGAUUUUUUCUUCCUAUUUUCAAAGACUUUUCAAAACCUUUGAGAGCAAUUAACUGUCGAAAUAAAUACAAAAAUGAAGAGAACGACUUCAAACUAGUCAUCAUCAUUUCUUUAAACAUAUAAAUAUGAAACGUAUUAAUGCAACAUUUGUGGGACUAAUGGCCUCCUUGGGGAGUGUUCAUUAAAUUAUUGUAUUGUACAAAUUGAUUCAAUUUUAGUUAAAUUUGGAUGAAAUUUGGUUAAGAGCGAGGUUAGCAACUGUUAUUUUGAUUUGCCAGGCAGAGUAAAAACUGCUGCCUAUAAUUAGCAUGUUUCACAAUUUAUGCAUGAUACAUAACUUAAUAGUUAAUUCAUUGGUGGUAUGUGCAAGCGCACCUUAUUUUCUAGAGACUUUUGGGAGACCCUCAAUUAUCUAUUGCCGACUAAGCUAAUUCCAAUAAUGGACAUGUUGGGAUAUUACUCAGAACCUAUAAACUGUGAUUCUAGAAAAAAGCCAGAUAACUAAUUAAUUGACCAGUGAAUCGAUUAUGGACUGAUGCAGAAUUUUGUACUCUUUAUUUCAGACUGUAGUUGCUUUCCAAGCAACGCUGACAACAGGUAGAAUUGGACCUAACUACGCCCGCGGGGCCAUUAAAUUUAACCGCGUUACUCUGAACAUUGGAAACGGUUAUAACCCAAGCACUGGAAAAUUUACUGCACCUAUUGCAGGUUUAUACCAGUUUACUGUCACAUACCUUCAGCAAAAUGGCUACAGCUCUUACGUUAGGUUGAUAAAAGGGAGUACUGCUGUCAGUCAAAUCCUUGCAAACCACAAAAAGUAUGAUCAGCUAACGAAAACCAUUCUUGUGACUCUGACAAAGGGCCAAACAUUCUGGGUUAGGUUGGAAAGAAGUAGUAGCUACGCUGUAUAUGGAGCCGGACGAUAUACUCAAUUUGGUGGAUUCCUUCUUUCAGCCGGCAAUUAUUAAUAAAACUUUACCAUGCAAAAUAUGCCUCACUCUGUUCACAAAAUACGUAAUCCUUAAUUAAAUUCUAGAAUAGUAGAACACCAUAAGGGACAAUCGCUUCUAACUAAAUGUAUUAAAUAUACGACGAGUGCAGGUUAGCUACUAGUUGUAUUGCUUCAGCUUUUAUUUUCAAAAUAUUAAAUAACGCUUUCAAAUAAAUUGACUAUUAUUAGUGUGUUAAUGUUGUUACCCGACAAACUACAUGUAUCCACGGAAACCCGAAGCGAGGAUAUUAAUUACU